AUGGACUCAGUUGAGCAGGAGCCGGAAGCGGCUUAUAGCGGAGAGUUGGCGGCUGAGAGUUACCUGGACUUUGAAAUAGAACUGCCCCUUGACUUUGACGCGACUUUCUAUGAGAGUAACUAUCAACAGCUUCUCAGGGAUCGUGAUGAGCUCCGUUUUCGAUACGAGCGUGAAAAGAAAGACAGAGAAUCUCUUGAGAUCAAGUUACAUCAAGAAUUUGACCAAAAGAUACAUUUUGAAGAAAACUUGUCGGAAGUUUCUAGAAACCUGGCGAGUUACGAGGAGGAGCUUCGGUCACUGCGCCUUGAAAAUAGCCACCUGAAAGCGCAGUUUAGCCAACUCAGGACGGCCAUCCAGACAAGAGUGAAUUUGGGGACCGCAGCAGCGGCGCAAGGUGGAUCAGAAGGGGCAUCUUUGAGUACUAGCGGUGGCGUCUUUCUGUCCAGUUCCUCUGGUGAAGGUUCCUUCUCGGGGAGCACUGAGAUGUACAAGCAAGAAGUGGCCUUACUGGCCCACGAAAACGAGCUUUUUAAGCAAAUCAUCGAUGUAAUAGACAAACAGGACUACAGCAAAGCUAUACUUGAGGACAGAGUUUCUGAAAAUAACAACCAGAAGCUUAGAUUGUUUGAGGAGGAAGUAAUAAGGCUAGAAAGGGAAAAGUCACUACUGGAAGAUCGUGUGAGGGAACUGGAAAGAUUCACUCAGGAACAGGAGCGUCGUCUAGAGGAAGCGAACAGCAAGGCCGAAAGUGAUCUAAGGGUUUGCAAGAGAGAGAGUAAGGUGUUAGAAAAUGAGCUUUACUCGAAGUCUGCUGUUCUGGAAGACUACGAAUUUCAAAUGUCACAGAUGAAGCAGGCGUAUGAAGAAGAAAUUCAUCAGGUUGAAAUCAAGCUUGAAAUAGAGAUCAGCAACAAUAAACAACUUCAAGAACAAACUCAUCAAUUGGAGGAGAAUAUCCGAAAAAUCGAGGAAGAAAGAAAAGAAAUUCUCCUAAAAAUCGAAGAAGCGUAUAAAACGGAAAACGAUGUAAUUGAGGAAAGAACCACCCUUGAGGAAACUUACUCACGAGAUGUCAGUGAGUUGCGUAGAAAUAUUGAAGAGGAAAUCCAAAAGAAAGCUGAGUUGUCAAUGGAAAUAGAACGGCUAAUGGCAGAAUUAAUAGAAUCUGACAGACAAAGAAAGGAAAUGGAAGACAGAUUUUUUCGUGAAGCUCAAGAACUUAAACUUCAGUUUGAGAGGGAAAGAGAAGAAAUUAUCUCCUACGUAAAUGGAUCAGCAGUCAAUCAGUAUAUGAUUCCGUCAAACUUGGUGCAGCAAACGCACUCAUCAUCUCAACUUAUUUCCGGUGGACAGGGACAACUCUCAACACAAGAAGAUGGAAAACGGAAACUCGAAGAAGAAAUUCGGAAGAAAGAGAGGCUCGAGGAAGAAAACAAGAAACUCCUAUACCAGAUUAACGAAUUGCUUGAGCAAAACGUUUCUGAUGGAGUUUCCACAACUCGAGUAAAGGACAUCAUGACCGCAACAUCUCAGUCGACGGGUAGCAAGCAAAAUUUGAAAGAGCUGAUGUACGAAAUAAACGAACUGAGAGAAACCUGCCAAAUAUUGGAACGAGAAGCUAAGAAAAAGAAAGAAAUAGAAAAUAAAAACAUAGAACUUUCAGAGGAGAUCGAAGAGCUAACGUCCAAGAAAGAUGAAAUGAUCCGUAAGCAGAGAGAAUUAGUAAAGGAGCUGGACAAUUCGUUGUCAUCCGUGCAGCAAGUGGAAGAUAAGAACAAAAGACUGACAGAGGACGUAGAGAGUCUCUCAAGGAAAAUCAGGGAAAUGGAGGAAAAUUUCAGAAAUGAAAAGGAAGACUGGAUGAGAAAUUUCAGUAAGGACAAGACGUCUCAAAUUAACGACAUCUUGAGUGAAAAGGAAGCACUCGAGAAAAAGUACAACGAGCAGAUGAAAGUUAACAGAAACAUGGAGGCCGAGAUCAAUUCCCUAGAGACGAGAAUUUAUGACUUGGAAAGGUUAAACGAACGUCUAGAGAGGAAGAAGAGUGAAAUAACGGCUCAGCUAACAGAGGAAAUCAAUUUUGAGAGGAACAGAGCUAAAACUGUUAAAGAGGAGCUUGAGAAGAGCGUUGAGGUAUUUAAGAAGCAGACGGAGCAACUGGAAAGCACUUUGUACGACAGGAAGAAGAAGUAUGACGAGGAGAUUAGGACCUUGGAAGAAGAGAAACAGCGAAUCCGAAACGAGUUUGACAACGAAAAGGAGAUAUACAGGCGGCGUUUUGAGGAGGAGAGAAAAACAAUGGAACGACGGAUAAAUGAAAUAGAGGAGAGAUUGAGGAAACAAAACGCGUCCAGUAGCGAAUUUGUAUCAAAUCAGGUUGCUUUGACUUCUGACGAGUUUCCUGCGAGUAACACUAUUAAUCAACCAGGAGUAGGUACGGCCUCUCAGAAAACAAUAAUCGAGCUAAAGAGUAAGAUAGAUACUCUUAUAUCUGAGAAAAAAGAAUUGCAAGAGAAUCUUUAUGAUGCAGAGAGAAAGUACAGCCGAAAAUUUGAUGAUAUGGAGUACGAUAGUGAUCAGAAGAUUAAGAAAUUGAGAAGUGAGAUUGAGGAAGAGUAUAGACGAAAAAUAGAUGACUACGAAAGACAAAUCGACAACCUGAGGAAGACCGACUCGUGUCAAAGGGAUUCAAAAGAUAUAUAUCAAGAUGGAGUUGGAAGUAUGGCUGAACUGGUGAGAGAUCACAAAGAGCAGAUGGACGAGUUGAGAAGACAAAUCAAGCUUCAAUUGGAAGCGUUUGAAAGUGAGAAACAAACCCUUAAGAAGGAGCUGCAAAACACUACGCGAAUAAAGGAUGGUGAGCACAGAUGUCUCCAAAACACCGUACAAAAAUUGACUGAGGAAGUGAAGAAGCUGAGGCACGAAAAAGAGACCCUACUGAGCAAAAUUAGAAAGGGGAAAGGAAACAACAACAGCCGAAUCAAAGAACUGUCAGAGGCCGUGACGAAAGUUCGUGAAGAGUGCGAUAUAAGACUUCAAAAAGAGAGAGAAGGUACCCAGAAGUCCAUGAACGAGCUUAGAAGGAAGCUCUCUGUUUCUGAAAGCAAUAGACGAAGCCUCGAGGAAAAGCAUCGGAGAGACCUUCAUCAACUGGAGAUUAAAUUCGAAUAUAAGAAAUCAGAGUUGGAACAAGAUACGACGAGCAUAGAGAGUCAGUUAAGGGAAAGUCUCCAGCUGGAAUAUCGAGUUACUCUCAAUAAAGAAAGGGAGAAAUACGAGGAGACUUUGCGCGUAUUGAGAAAAGAGAUUACGUCUCUGCAGGAGCAGCGAAAGCAAAUUCAGCUUAAGCUUUCUGAUCAGGGAAUACAAAGCACCUAUAGCCUACUCCUCAAAAAAGACUUUUCCGCGAAUAAGGAGUCUUUUCUCAAAACUGAGCUGGACAUGGAAAUGAGAGCCUCACGUGGAAAGAUGGAAGUCACAAUACAUGAUCUCGAGCGAGAGAUAGAAUUCUUGCGAAAAGAGAAAUAUGAUAUAAAAGCGAAUUACAAGCAAGAAAGAGCCCAAAUGCAAGAGGAGUUUGAUAGAGAAAGGGAUCGUCUGGAGGAGAAAUACAAAAGACAAAUUGAAGAUCUUAAAAGAAAACUACAGGCAACUACUGCUCAGAUGAAAUCAACGACGCUAAUGGACAAAAAAUUGGUGAGUUAAGCAUUAAUUUAUAUUUACGCGCACUGUUCUUUCAACAAUUAAACUGUUAGUCGUCCUCUCUCAACAAGUGCAGUUAACCUCUAGUACCCAUUCAUGUUUUGAAAACCUUUUUUUCAUUGUCUUCUAUAAUUGAAAAAGCUUUCCUCUGAGAUCUCAAAAACAAAGAUGAUAAUGUAUUUUAUUCCAGAGCAACGGAUUCGCGAAUCUCAGAUUUUACCGGCUCCUCCCUUUGAGUUCAACCAUCUUACUACUUGUGAAUGUUAAACAGCUAGACCAGGAGGAUCCUCCCAAACAGCUUACCUCUUUUGGAAGCUUCAGUUAACAUUGUGACUAUUUUUCUAAAAAAGUUUCCGAAAUUUAUCCUUUAUUUUGAUUCCUUUCUCAGCGAUACUCCGCCAGUGUAACUGAAUCUCUACAAGACAAGAACUUGACCUUAGAAGCGAAGAGGAGUUCAUUAGAGAGCCAGAUGAAUUUUCUUAAGGGGAGAAUGGACGACAUUGAAGAACGUCAAACGCGAGCUCUCCGAUCAAAAUCCAAGAAGGUUAGUGUUACGAAUUUUGAGUGUUUGCCUUACCCCCCUUUGGUCUUCAACCAGAAUCCUUUCUGUUUACGAUUAGUGCUGCUCAUGAAAUGUUCCAAUUUUCUGGCUUCCGUCACUGCCGUAAGUAGCCUGCCAGGCUUACUGAGUAAGUCAUUAAUUUAAUUGCCGUUCUGUCCUUCUCCAGGCCACUAAUGUAAGGUUUUCCCCAAGUCUGGAGAGCAGCCGCGAUCUUGGUCGUCACUCUGGAAGGCUCUCAUCAUCAAUGUUAGACCUAAGCUCGAGUUCUCUACAACAAAGGGAAAAAUCUGGAACUCCCAGAAUUGCCUCCAGAUUGCAAAAACUAGCAAGUUCGAGUCGAGAGGCUAAAGAUAGCAGGUCCUUUUUAAGCCAAUCACUUCAUGAUGUGCGAUCUGUAGGGCAGGGUUCCAAUACAAGAAAUGAUCAGUACCUAACCAGUCGUGGUUAUGACAUCGGAGGUUCUUCUUCCACAGCAUCAGCUCUUCAGAGUGGUCUUGCGUCCUGCGCACCUGCUCCUUUUUUUCAUGCGAGGUCUUUAAGUGGUGGGUUUGACGCUACACGUAGCAGCACCCUUUUACAGUCAGGAGGUUCUUUUCGCAGUGACCAGUUGUUUCUACCGUCCGUUGGAAUCUUAGGUGGCCUCUCCCAAGCAAGAGAAUUCGGCGCACUCAGGGGAUCAACGUUUGGUUGCUUUGGCGGUGUGAGUGGAUUGAAUUCAAGAUUUGGUUUUCAACGGGUUAUGUCAGGGCCAUCUAUAUAUGGUCUAGGUAUAGCAUCCGGUUUUAAUGGCGGCUUGCAUCAUUCCGCCAGUCUUGGCAACCUUCAUCAACAGUUCUCAUCACAAGCUGCAGAAGUUUCCCCGCGACAAGCGUCCAAGGAGAUUAGUGGUAAACUUGACGAUGAAAAGGCAUCUGAUGACACUCCGCGUCAAGUUAUAUCUUCUGCGGGAGCCGAGGUUUGUGAAGAAAGAAAUACCUCUCAUUCAGCAGGUGUUCCCAAAAACUACUCAGGCAAUGGCCACUCGCAGGAAAUCCCAUGCGUAAUUGAAUCAGCUGAAGGUGAAUCAACCGCUCUUCCUGAGAAGGACCAGCCACAGGAAAUUCCGUGUGUAAUUCAACCAGCUGAAAACCAAGAAGGUUCCCAAGAAGAAGUGAUCGGGUCGCCAAUUCCACAUGCUGAAGAAAAUUCUCCAGAAACCUAG